AUGCAGUUUAUAUAUUGGAUUUCAUUGAUCUGUUCAGUUCAAUGUGUGUUUCUAAAUGAAGCAUUCACCAAGAAUUGGGUUCAUUAUAACCAUGGAGAUUUAAAACUGUGGGAAUUGAUUAAUGAGAAUCAGUUGUUAGCCAUAAGUGACGAUAAUAUUAUUAAAUUCAAUAUUGAUAAUGAUUUAUCGAUAUCAUGGAAGAUCGAGGUCUCGGUGGAUGAUUUUAUUAUUGGUGAGGAUUCCAUAUUUACUUUUGGUGAUUCUGUCAAUGUAUGGGAUAAAAAGUCAGGAGAAUUACUUAAAAUUUUCAAUGUUAAACCCGUUCAAUAUUAUAGAGCCUUUGAUGGAAUUUUGGUAUUGGAUGAUACCGGAGAUUUAAGUUUCAUCAACAGUGUGAGGGUUAUUUUGACUAAUUCAAUUUCUGAUAUCAAGAUUUCUUCUGGUGACGAAAUCGUUUAUAUCUUGACUAAAGAUAAAUUAUUGACAUUGAAUUCAACAUUGGAAAUUGAAGAAUCCAAAUCAGCUUUAAAUUUCAAUAAAAUCCAGGAUUUCAAACACGGAUUAGUCAAAGUGGAUGAUUCUAUUUAUAAUGUCAACAAUGAAUAUAUUCAUAAAUCCAAGAAUGUAGAAAUCAUCAACUCAAAUUUCACUUACAGUUUCCACGAUGGCAAGUUCAAAGUUUUCAAAGAUGGGAAAGAGGUAUUGAAUGAUGAAUUUGAUCAUUCAACUGUUAAAUAUCUUGAUAAUCAAUUCAUUGUCAGCUCACAAGCUGAAAGAAAGGUAUUGAAUUUUUCAAAGUUCUGGCAAUCUUUAGAUGAAAAUGAUAUAAUAUUAGAAACCUAUCCCUUUGAAAACGUUAAUACCAAGGAAUAUCUUAUCAAUGGUAAGUUGGUAUCAAUCGGAGUUUAUGAAGAAACCAUCGAAAAGAUUGAAUAUGAUUUCGUUGGUGAUAAAGUAGGUAAAACCUCAUAUGAACUUGAAAACUAUAAGUACAAGAAUUUAUCCAUUUUAAUUGACAAACCACAAUCAGAACAAGUUCUUGAAUCAAUGGAACAUUUGAUUGAAGAAAUUAAUAAUUAUAAUGUGAUAAUCAGAUGGUAUAAAAGAAUCCAAAGACAUUUAACGGAAUUAGGAAGAUUCGUAGUAUCGAAGUUUGUUAAACUUGAUGACAAGAAAGUUGAAUUUUCUAACGUGUUUGGAUUGGAAAAGUACUUAGUGUUUCUUGAUGAUGAUAAAAUCCGUACUUUAGAUACUUUAACUGGUGAAACCGUUUGGAAACAAUUUGUUGAACCAGGGAUAAUCGAACUUAUCGAUUAUAAAGAAGAAAUUUUAUUGAUUUAUGAUCACAAGAUAAUCAAGAUAAGUAAAAGGGAUGGUGAAAUUGUUGGGUUUGUGGAAUUAUCAAACUUCGAUAAGAUAUUCAAAAUAUUCCACGAAGGAGAAGAAUUGGUCGUUAUUAAAAAAGGUUCACAAUUAGAAUUCUUAGAAGAAUCUGUCAAACUCAAUCAAAAUCUCGUUGAAUUUGAAGGUGAUUCUAUCAUCAAUUAUAAAGUUGAAGACAACCAGUUAUCUAAAACUUGGGAAUUCAGCAGAGGUAAAAUAAUUCAAACUCAAACUAAACCUUUCAAUUCUCAUACAUCUAUUGUUGGUAUCCCACUUCAUGAUAAAUCAGUAUUACAUAAAUACUUGAAUGAUACUGUUUCAGUAAUUACCGAAGAAGAUGAAAAAAUCAAAUUUUAUCUUUUGAAUAAAGAGGGUGAAAUCUUGUACAGCCAUAUCCAUGAUGAGAAAGUAGAUGUAUCAACUAUUAAUUUGAUUAUGGAUGAUAAUUGGAUCAUUUAUUCAUAUUUCGUAUCAGAGCCAUAUGAACAAAGAUUAAUGGUCAUUGAUUUGUUUGAAGAAGAAGGAUUAACUGUUUCAAGCAAAUCAUUCAUUUAUCCUGAGAAAAUCACUUCAUUAACUUCAACAUCAACUAGUCAUUCAAUCACCAUUAAAUCUAUAAUUAUCAACACUAUAAAUGGAAAUUUGAUUGAAAUCCCUAAAUUCAUUUUGAACAGUAGAAGAAUAGAUGAUCAUGUAAUGAAUGCCGAUGAUGCUAAAGAUGAUUUCAAAAUGAUGCCUUAUGAACCAAUCAUCUAUAAGAACAACUACCAAGUUUUGAAUCAUCAAUUCAAAUUACAAGGACAAAGUAAGAUUUUACUUAAAAACACUAAUUUAGAGAGUACCAUUAUCAUUUGUAGUAUAAACAAUGAUCAAAUAUUUUGUAAUUAUUUACAACCAUCAUUAAGUUUUGACAAGUUGAAUGAAACUUUUGAUAAAUCUAAAUUAAUCAUAACUAUUGUCAUAGUUAUAGCAAUGCACUUAUUUACCAAGCCAUUGUUAACAAAGAAAAAAUUGAAUAAUAAUUGGGUUUAUUCAUUAUAA